AUGUCGCGUCUAGCUCGGCCAUCCAACAGGAAUACCAACAAUCCGUCAUCGACUACCAACUCAAUAAAUAACACUCCAGCUCCAUCGAACAGUCUAUCAACAAUGCCGCGUCCAACUCGAACAAGAACUGUAUCUACCCAAUCAGCCGCGCCUACUCGCCCAUCAUCAAGACUGAACCAAAUUCAAGGAGCAUCAACAGCAUCUUCCUCUCGCACAACUAUCACUAGGAAAAAAUCUAGUCCUGCUAAGCUGAUCAACCAAAAUGAGCUGAGAAGAACAACUACCGAGUCUGAAACUCAAGAUCAACUUCAGCCUACUCAAGGCCCUCUACCUGGAGCAAACAUCAAGGUUGUCGUUCGCUGCAGAGGCCUGACCGAUGCUGAACGCGCUGCAGACCCUCAGGCGGUUUUAUUAACCGGCGGCGUCAGAGGACGUGAACUGACCGUGGACCUCAACAGUCAUCCCUCCGCCGCCGCAACUUCGGACCAGCCUCAUGCGCGCGUCCAUGAUAUCCACUCAAAUCGCGAGGAAGGUGCCGGCCUGGCAAACACCGAUUACAGCUCUUCCUUGGUCGACGAUCCCAAAAGGAGCGCAAAUAUCAAAGUCUAUCCAUUCGAUCAUGUGUUUGGCCCAGAAGCCGACCAAGCUCUGAUUUUCACCGAUGUGGUGGCUCCGAUCUUGACGGAAGUUCUGCAAGGUUACAACUGUACGAUAUUCGCAUAUGGUCAAACCGGAACAGGUAAAACAUAUACGAUGACUGGUGAUCUAAGUAUCCCAACUGCCACCACCAUCAUGCCUACUACCAAAGCAGACUCGGGUCCAACAUCCCCUUUAGGGCUGAGCUACGAUUCCACGCCUUUGGUGAUUCCAACCUCAUUGAGAAAGUUUACCAACGAAGCAGGGAUCAUUCCUCGCGUCUUACAUUCACUAUUCAACAUGUUGGAAGAUUGUAGCGAGGAGGAGAAAGUGGAGUUUGGAGUCAAGGUGAGUUUCGUUGAGCUUUAUAACGAGGAACUGAGGGACCUCAACUACCUCGAAUCGUCGGCCAACACGGAAUCCAACAACCCGCCCAGUGGGUCGACCAAUCUCAAAAUCUUUGAGGACUCCAACACUAAGAAGGGCGCCACUGGUGGAUCGGGAGUGUAUAUCCAAAAUCUGACUGAGACGGCGAUCUCGUCAGCCACCGAAGGGAUCAAGAUCCUCACUCUGGGCUCGUCGCGGAGACAAAUCGCUGCAACCAAAUGCAAUGAGCAGUCGUCGCGAUCCCACUCCGUCUUUUCAAUCACGAUCCAUGUCAAGGAGAAUACUAAAGAUGGCAAAGAGGACCAACUCAAGAUCGGAAAAUUGAAUUUAGUGGACUUGGCCGGUAGCGAAAACGUCGGCAGGUCGGGCGCUGGCAAGGAAUUUGGUCGGGCACGCGAAGCUGGAAUGAUCAACCAGAGUCUUUUGACUCUUGGCCGAGUUAUCAACGCCCUGGUUGAAAAAAACAGUCACGUCCCAUAUCGGGAGUCCAAGCUGACUCGAUUAUUGCAAGAUUCCUUGGGCGGUAGGACGAAAACAUGCAUCAUUGCCACUGUCUCACCCUCACGACUCAAUCUGGACGAGACGAUCUCGACCUUAGAUUAUGCGUUACGGGCCAAGUCGAUCAAGAACCGGCCGGAGCUGAACAACAAGAUAAACAAGUCGAUUCUCAUUAACCAAUACGUCCACGAGAUCGAGAAGCUACGUCACGAUUUGAUAGCGACUCGGACAAAGAACGGGAUCUAUUUCAGCGAGGAACGCUGGGCCGAACUGAUGCGGGACUCUGAAAACAAGAGCCGGACGUUGAUCGAGAGUAAGCGGAAGAUCGAGCUGAUCGAGCUCGAGCUCAUUGCCGUCAAGAAAGAGUUCGAGAAAUGUCUCAGGAUCUUGAACGUUAGAGAGAGCGAAAUCAAGAAGAUUCAAGACGAACUUAAUCUUAAAUCUUCCGACUUCGAUACUAUGAAAGGUCUCAAAGAGGGCCUCGAACUCGAGUUGUCCGGGGAAAGGGCGAUGAAGGAGAGGUUCGAGAAAAGUCGGACGAAAUGGAAGAAUCAGUGCAAGGAAGUAUACGAGGACAAUGAAGGGCUUCGCGAAAAAAUUGCUCGUAAGGCUGCAGUUGAAUCCUACAAUCAGAACACGUUGAACGAGGUCGAUCAAAGCUUAUCUUCAAGUGCUACAAACCUGGUAAACGACCUCAAAGAUUUUGCCAAUCAAUCCACCCACAUCAAUAAAGGGGUCAAAAGUUUCUUGAAUGAUAUGGAACAACGUCUAGUUAAGGUUGAUCUGAAACAAAUCAUAAGUAAUAUAACAGAUUCGAUGGCGGCAAUCAAAACUCAAUUAGUCGAAAGCUUCGUCAAAGAGAUUCAAGAAGAUCUAGUGCCCAAUGGCUUGGUCAAGGAGAACCAAACUCAUCUCGCUUCCAUCAUCCAGAAUCUCGAGCUGGACAAGUUCUCCAAUAUCCAAUUGAUUCUGGAUCAGGUUAAAUCAGACGCCUUCAAUUUUUUAGAGAGCACUAAGGAUUCCGUUCAAAGUUCGUUUGAAAUCAUCCAUGAGAAGUUCCACCAGGAUCGGGAAAAGAUUAUCAAAUUCCACGAACUCGAAAAGGCAGAAUUAAAAGAAGAGGCGGCUCGACUCAAGGAAGAAAUCGAAAGAUUGAGACAACAUGCACUAGAAGAUGAGAAACGCAUACAACAGGAUGAAAAGGAAUUGAUCGAGUUGAUCCAACGGCAGCACGUCUCUAACCUUAAACGGAAAGCGACCCAGACCGAUUUGCUUGUUCAAUCUCUCGCUGAACUCAAAGAUGGCAAAGAUCGUAAGAGGCUCAGGUUUAGUGGAUUGGAGAAAGAGCUCGAUGAAGAUCGGGCUCAAUUCGAUCUCCAAUUGAAUGGAACCCUUGGAUCAGCUAAUGAACAACUGGAAGUCUAUGAAACUACCUUCCAAAAAGGCCAAACUUCCUUGUUGGAUAAUCUGAGUGCUGAUCAACGUGAAAGGAUCAACGCAUACACGGCGCACUCGAGCAAGAUGGAAACUCUGGGCAAUGUACUUGAUCAAAACUGCGGAGAGUUUGUGAAAGAGUUUAAAAAGCUCGAUGCAGGAUUCCAGAAUGAAGUUGCCAAGAUUGACAAUCAAGUGAUUGGUGUUUAUCAUCAGAAGCUGGUUUCUCAAAUCAAGGAUCAAGUCCGAACUGUAGAAGGGAGUGUCAAACAUGUACUGAGUGAUGUUGAGCGGCAAUCGGCGAUGUCGAAUAAUUGUGUCGGCAAAUCAUUAGACAUGGUCACGGGCCUUCGGAACGAUAUCCAUCUGCAUCUGACCAAUAAAAUCCGCCAAGACGUCAAGACCGGCCAAACUCCUCGAAGAAAGAAAUUGCUGACUGAGUCAAAUCCAUUACUGGAACACUCCAGUACGAGUCGGUUCAUCUCAUUGGAGAAUGACUCCGGAGAUUCUGCUCCAAGUAGUGAUGAUAAGAGGGAAGAGGAGGCGGAGGAGGAGGAAGAAGACGAAGAUGAGACUUGCGCUGGCGGUUCAGAAGGAUUUGAAAGUAAUCACCGGGGUAGCAGCGUUGUGACAAGAUCAUCAAGAAGGAUGCUGGACCGACCUGUCCGAGGGUCACGACUGGCCGAAAACGCAGAAUCUCGGGAUGAUGAAGACGACGAGACUGACAAGCAUCAUCAAGACCGGAUCGAGUCCACUCAUGAACAGCAAGAAUGUCUUCCGCUUGAGGAACCAGAAGAGGAGCCUGAACUCGUUAAGACCUCUAACCGGACAUCGCUCAAGAGGAAGAAUCAGUUCAAGUCGUUGGCGACGCCUAAGUCUCGCUCCGGUGGAAUCCUGCGCGAUAAAGCCAAUCAAGCAUUGAGAUAG